CUGGUACCCGCCCGCUGCGUGCGGAGGGAAGGAUGCAGACACCGCGGCCGGCGAUGAGGAUGGAGGCCGGGGAGGCAGCGCCACCGGUGGGGGCGGGCGGCCGCUCUGGGGGCGGCUGGGGCAAGUGGGUGCGGCUGAAUGUGGGGGGCACGGUGUUCCUGACCACCCGCCAGACGCUGUGCCGGGAGCAGAAGUCCUUCCUCAGCCGCCUGUGCCAAGGCGAAGAGCUGCAAUCGGACAGGGAUGAGACCGGGGCCUACCUCAUUGACCGUGACCCCACCUACUUCGGGCCCAUAUUGAACUUCCUCAGGCAUGGCAAAUUGGUGCUGGACAAGGACAUGGCUGAGGAGGGGGUCCUGGAGGAAGCUGAGUUCUACAACAUCGGUCCUCUGAUUCGAAUCAUCAAAGACAGGAUGGAGGAAAAAGACUACACAGUGACCCAGGUGCCACCCAAGCACGUGUACCGAGUGCUGCAGUGCCAGGAGGAGGAACUCACACAGAUGGUCUCCACUAUGUCCGAUGGCUGGCGCUUCGAGCAGCUGGUGAACAUCGGUUCCUCCUACAACUAUGGGAGUGAGGACCAGGCCGAGUUCCUGUGUGUGGUGUCUAAGGAACUCCACAGCUCCCCCCACGGCCUGAGUUCGGAGUCCACUCGCAAGACCAAGGGUCUUGCUAUGCAGCUCAGACUAAUCUCAAAGCCCUAUGGUUCCGCCUCGGCCUCUCAAGUUCUGGGAACGACACAUGUGCCACCACACACGGGUGUGUGAUGCUACAAGAGCCAUCUCCUGAGAUGAAACGUGAAACCACCACAGAAGGAAUAAAACAACAAGAGGGUGAUAGCAAGAGCCUUCCCCACCGCACAGAGUCCUCAGUGUGGCGCCCCUGGGUCCCGAGGGGUCAAGAUCAGACUCUUCAUAUUAACACUAAGACCCUGUUUCUUUUGUCUCCUGGAGAACACAGCAGAGUGUUCUAGGGCUCUGUGGCCUGUGAUGUCAAAGCAGACCAAAUAUAGACAGACACCCACAAGGUGGCCAUCACUGACACCAGUAGACAGACAUCACAAUACCUUUCUUCAAGGCAUAUUGGUUUUAGGGAAAGCGACUUAUAAAAAUAUUUUAUUGAUAAGAGUGAACUUGUUAUUCUAAGAAUAAAGUUCAGUGUGGGUGGUGGCCCACACCUGCAGUCCCAGCACUCAAAGACUAGAACAGGAGGAUUGAGAGCGUGGGGCCAGCCUGAGCUACAUAGGGAAUCAUUUUCGUAAAAAUAAAAUUUAAGGUUGGGCACUUGUGGUGCAUGCCUUUAAUCCCAGCACUCAGGAGGCAAAGGCAGGUCGAUCUCUGUAAAUUCAAGCCCAGUCUGGUCUACAAUGAGAAUUCUAGGAUAGCUGGGGGCUACACAGAGAAACCCUGUCUCAAAAAAAAAAAAUAAAAAAAAAGUCAGAGGCUUUUUAACUAAGAGGCAAAAUUGGAGCCGCUAUGGGGAAGCUUCUAGAAGAAAGAAAACACAUUUGCACAAAGCAUUUCCCCAUCAAAGAAAGAUAGAUAGAUAGACAGACAGACAGACAGACAGACAGACAGACAGACAGACAGACGGAUAGAUGAUGUAUAGAUGAUGUAGAUAGGCAGAUAGAUGAUAGGUAGGUAGAUAGAUGGAUGGAUAGAUGGAUGGAUAGAUAGAUGAUGGAUGGAUGAUGUAGAUAGGCAGAUAGAUAUAGAUAGAUAGAUAGAUAGAUAGAUAGAUAGAUAGAUAGAUAGAUAGAUAGAUAGAUAAAUGAUGGAUGGAUGAUAGAUAGGCAGGCAGACGGACAGAUGGACAGACGCACAAACAAACAGAUGAUGGAAACAGGUCUGUGUUGUUGACUUCCACAUCACCCCUCAUCAAGGCAGGUGUACCUGGCCCAGCUCAGAAUAACUCUGAGAAUCUUGGCUUUAACUUUGAGGUCAGUGCUUAUAUCCACCCAGGGCAGGAGGAAAGGGAAUCAGAACAGGCACACCUAGGAAACCAUCUUCCUCCCUGAGAGGGGUUGAGGUGCUCACCCCUAUGUCUGCUCUAAGUGGAAACCCUAGCCGGUAUAGCAGGAAUCUGAACACUAGGGCUUCUUGCAGUCAUAGGGUACAGUAGCCUAGACAGCACAUUGUGUGUACCAGUCACCAGUCCAUAGACUACAACGCGCAUGGUACCCCUAACCUUGUACAACAGAGUGGGGUGCCUGGCACCUGGCUACUCAGGCCUCAGCAGCAAACCAGUAGGGUCUUUGGGAGAAAAGCAAAGUGAUUCUAACAGCGUGGUAUCCAGCAGAGAGAGGAGGGUGGGUUAGCUCAGCUGAGGAGGGAAGGGUAAAGAGAGAGUUCUUGAAUAUGCCGGAACCUGUGUAAAUGCUGCAAGGGACCAGGCAUGGAUUGGCAAGAUUGUUUCUACCUUCAGUAGGAAAGAGGGUACGCGGGCCGGUUGAUUUGAGUGACAGGCAGCAGGAGUAGAUUUCCACAUGAAUAACCUCCAGCUCCCUACAGGAGCCCACUCAAACUCACAUCUAAGACACAGGUAUGCAAGCACACGUCUACCUGAGUGCCCCCACCCAGGCUCAGAGCCCUCACCCAGGUCCCCCCUGGAAGGUCCCCCCAUGUUUCUAGGUUGGGGCUCCCUGUCCCCACAGUGGAAGCCUCGGGACCCCCACCCCCCACGAUGGACCAGACAAGAAGACCUCGGAUUCUAAAGGAAAGAGGCCAAGGUAAGGACACAGCUGCGUACCCAGCGUGGAAUUCAGUACGACUAUGUCGUUCACGCUGGCUUCUGUCAAAAGGAAACGAACAAACAAAUAAACAAGGGCAAGGCCAAAUAAAUAGAUCACCGAAAAUAAGAACAAGGAAGAGCAGCCGAGCCAGGCUUGGCUAAGGGAAGCCCUCCAUGCUGUCCUCCCCCGCCCUCUGUCCUGGCUCCAGAGUCACCUGAGCAUCCCCACCACACCCCACCGGAAGGGGGCAACCUCUGCCUGGCCUUGCUGCUCGAACCCCCGCCAGGAUUCCCCGCAGUACUGACCUAGUAUCACCAGGCCUUCCGGGUCCACCUCAUAUUCGGUCCUAUAGGAAGCCAAGGCUGAGCUGUUGGACAGUAGCUCACCCACCAGGAGCUCGCGCACCACCUCAGGGCUCAGGGUCAGUCGCUGGUACUCGGGGAUGUCAAGGAUGAACCAGAAGAAGCAGAUAAGGGGUCCCUCCCUAUGCAGACAGAAGCGAAAGGGGCCUGAAGGCCUAUCCUCGCCCAGCCCCUCCCCCAAGGAACCAACUGAGACUCAGACCCGCCAGGCACCCGCUAUACUUUCUCCCCAUUCCCACCCAUAGGAGGAGAGAUAGAGUCACAGGAGGUCAUAGGCCACUUGGCAACUGGCAGAACCAGAUACAACCAGGCAAGCCAAGUCCUGGACUGCGUCCUGGGCCACGUGCCUUCAAGCACACUCUGAACCUUGACCCACUCACACCAGGCAUCUCCAGUCACAACCUGUCACAACAACACCGCCAUCUGUAGAUGACAAGACCAAACUCAAUAAAGGGGAAUCACAUGUCGGAGGCUAA